UGUGUUGAAGGAACUUCACAGAUCUCCACGUCUCUGUGAGAGGAGGAAGAGAGAAUGAAUAAAGUGAUUCAGGAGCUCAGCUCUUCCUCUCUCUCUCCUCCUCCUCACAGAUCAGCCCGGCUUCUCCCUGUCCGGAUCCUCCUCUCUGAAGUUCUAGGCUGCCAGGAUGGUGCAGAAGGUGCUGGUGACGGGUGGAGGGGGCUACAUAGGCAGUCACUGUGUGGUGGAGCUGAUUGAGGCCGGUUAUCAGCCUGUGGUCAUCGAUAACUUCAGCAAUGCUGUCCGAGGAGAAGGAGAUGUCCCUGAGAGCCUGAAGAGGAUAGAGAAAUUUCUGGACACCAAGAUUGAGUUCCAUGAAUUGGACCUGCUGGACAAACCCGGACUCGAGAAGAUCUUUAAAAAGCACUCCUUCUAUGCAGUGAUGCACUUUGCUGGACUGAAAGCGGUUGGGGAAUCUGUGGAGCAGCCGCUACGCUACUACAGGGUCAACCUCACCGGCACCAUCAACCUGCUGGAGGUGAUGCAGGCUCACGGGGUCCAUAAUCUGGUGUUCAGCAGUUCGGCGACGGUGUACGGGGAUCCUCAGAAACUGCCUAUCGACGAGCAGCAUCCAGCCGGUGGCUGCACAAACCCUUACGGCAAGACCAAAUUCUUCAUCGAGGAGAUGAUCCGCGAUCAGUGCAGCGCAGAGAAGGAUUGGAACGCAGUGUUGCUCAGGUACUUCAACCCGAUCGGUGCUCACAUCUCAGGACAGAUUGGCGAGGACCCACAAGGAAUACCAAACAACCUUCUACCAUAUGUAGCUCAGGUUGCUAUCGGGAGAAGAAAGCAUCUGAAUGUGUUCGGAAACGACUACAACACAGUCGAUGGAACAGGAGUAAGGGAUUAUAUUCAUGUGGUGGAUUUGGCAAAGGGGCAUAUUGCUGCUCUCCGGAAGCUGAAUGACAACUGUGGCUGCAAGGUGUAUAAUCUGGGUACAGGAACUGGUUACUCUGUGCUGCAGAUGGUGAAGGCUAUGGAAAAGGCUUCUGGAAAUGAGAUUGCGUACAAGAUUGCUCCCCGGAGGAACGGAGACAUAGCGUCAUGCUAUGCAGACCCUAGCCUGGCUGAGAAGGAGCUGGGAUGGAAGGCUGAUUUUGGCCUGGAGAGAAUGUGUGAAGACCUGUGGCGCUGGCAGUCCCAAAAUCCCACAGGCUUCAGUAAUGGGAAUGUGGUGUGAAGCUGAUGCAGAAGGAAGACUGAAGAGAAGAAGAUCCUAGAGCCAUGAAGUCCAUUACUUUUCUACGACUUGAUUUAAACUAGACGAAAUCUAUGAAAACAAUGACACAAUGAAUGAUUUACAUUCCUUACAGUACUGUUUCUACCUGAUUACUUUUAAAUUAUUAUUAGCAAGCCUUUGUCUCUUUGACCAAUCUUAGUAUGUGUCUUUAUUGAUCCUGUAUUUUCUUUAUUCAAAUCCAUUCUUAACUUAACAUUUCCAGGGCCAAGUUCAUUGCAUAUCUUUCUGUUUGUACCUUGUCAUGUUGUCAAUACUGUUGAUUAACUUAAUUCUUUAAAUAAUUAUAAUUUAAUUAUUUUGGGAAACAAGGGAUUGUUUUAUUUUCAUCUGACUAUACUUCUUUUAUAACUGCAUUGAAGCCAAAUACAAGAAGACCAAAACAGGUGCUUUUUUGCAACUCAUAAUAAAAGGGAUUUACAAAAAAAUA